AUGCCCAAUACUAGAUGGCUACUUGGGCGGUGGGAUACCUUGCAACUCCAUAAUAGAAUUGGUAGGGAAAAGCGGUUUCAGGAAGACGCAACUUUGUCUCCAACUAAUGGCAUCAUACCCCAACUUAAUGCGGUUGGACCAUUGGAAGGCAUAUAUGUUCAAGGUGUUCAUGAUACACAACAAUUGAUCAAUGUCCUUCGAGACAUAGAAGCAUUUAUUGCCAUUGAUCACACCCGGUUACCUGUGAAGCUCAUUGUCAUUGAUUCCAUUGCUGCAUUGUUCCGAUCACAGUAUGAAAGAACACCGACAUAUUUGAAACGCCGGUCUGAAAUAUUUUUCAUGAUAUCCGGGACAUUGAAGGCUUUAGCAAGUAAGUUUGGGGUGGCGGUGGUUGUGACCAACCAAGUGGUGGAUUUUAUUGGGCCAGAUCAUGGAAUCAAUGGGGAGAUGUUGGGAAACUUGGAGUGCUUACAUACAUCAAGCAGACGAGUGAGUCCAGCUUUUUGA